AUGGGCGUAUGGGUGGUUUCCAAUCUGAAGAAACAGCCCUAUUCAGCGGACAGCCUGGUGCAUGCCUUUUUGGGCACUGUGCCCGAGAUGCAGCUGGCGGCCAUCUGUCUGGCUUGUAUUCAACCUGCUGUGUUCCCAUGGAUGCUCCCCUUCAGGUCAAACAAGGACAGGCCUCGCCCAGCACAUGGAGCUCUGACAGAGAAGGUCGAGUGUUUCUCAGACUACAUGACCCUGCAGAUCCCGAGGAGCCACGUGCAGGGUUUGAGGCAGUGGCUGGCCAGAGUCCUGCACCUGCCAGGCACCAAGAGGGCCCCCAACCACCUGGCUUCUCUUCUUCCUAAAUGUGGUUACCUCUUGCAUCCUGCUCACGAGGGUGGCUUCAUCUUCCGAGCUCUGUACUCCGCCUGCUUUGUACAGAAAGAGAAAGCAAAUUAUAGGUUGGAAAUCAGAAUGUUUCAUAAAGGGGCAAAAAGGUUGAAGCUGAGCCAUCGCUAUGUAAUGAAAUGUCCCUUGGUCACGUCGCGGCUGGAUGAGCAGACCGUACGCUGCCAUCCUUCAUUCAUCCAGGUCUCUAGGCCCUUGCCUCCUCCAAGGAGCGAUGGUGGACAGACCCCAUGGCUGCUGUCCCUUCGAGGGGAGCUGGUGGCUUCUCUGGAGGACGCCAGCUUGGUGGGAUUGGACGUGGAGAUUGGUGCCACCGCAGUCACCAUCCAAAGCCCAAGACAAGAACUUCUUCAGAGGCAGGAGGUGUGGAACACCUCCCUGGAGCUCCUGCCAUUGUGGCUGGUGAGCGGUGCCUAUGCCUACUCCUUCGAGGCCGCGUGCCCACUGGUGUCAUCCCAGCCAGGGUCGGAGAUCUCAGUUCACAUCCCCAAGCAGAGGCUGGGUCUGGUCAAAAGAGGAUCCCUUGUUGAAGAGUCUCUGAGUCCCAGGUUUCUUCAGGUGCACCAGUCGGACGCCUUCACAGUGGCAGAGGACAGGGACUUUGUGGUUGUCAGUAUACCAGCCGUGCUGCUGCUCCAGGACCAGCCAUGCCAAGGAGCCGGAGACUCCCCAGGGACACAAGCUUUCUACAGGGUGGACCUGAGCCUGGACUUCGCAGAGAUGGUUUCGCCAGUGCACUGGACGGUGGAGAACUUUUUCCCAUGCGUGGGUUCAAGAGAAGAGUCACUUGUCCCAACAGCCACGCCAAGCGCUGCCCUUUCCACCCUGCCCCCUGGAUGGGAGACUACUCUGGCGGAAAUGCCAACUGCUGCUUCCUCCCAGUUCCUGAUCCCACGAACGGCUGCCGCGGAGGAGCUCCCUCAGCAUCUCAUGCCCCAGUCUUAUAAAGAGACCACCAAAGCAAACCCACAGGAACUGGCAGCACCACUUAUGCAAAUGAUUAGACCUGCAGGAGGGACCUGGGUGUCUGUGGCUUCCCGCUUCUUGUCCAGUGCGAUGCGACAGCACCAGGGUCCUCAGACUCCUCCAGAGAAAGCAGACUUAAUUCCACAUCCCCAGGAUCCAGCCGCAGUCUCCUCAGAGCAUACAGAAGCUUCCCAGAAGGGCCCCAGGCCCUCACAUUCCAUCUUCCUGCCUCCCAGUUCCCUGAGCACACACUUGUUUUCAGACAUCCCCUUUUCUGUGUGGCCUUCCAGGCCAUCUGGUGGUCCCCAAAUGCUCCAGGGUUCUGAACCAUCUGUUACCCUAACUGAAGUUCCAAGAGCUGUGAGGGCUGAGCAGGACCCUGGCCAGCCACCAGGAAGUCCCUUCCCACUCGGAGAAUUGUCAAGCGAGACUGUGAAUUCAACAGAGUCUAUUGAGAGGGAGCCUGCCCACAUCAGUGGACAGUUUCCACCAUCGGCAAGGUCCUUCAUGAGCAGCCAGGCUAAAGAGGGGCGGAUUUUCCACUAUCCCCUCAGGAGGCCUCAGAAGAUACUACCUAAAAUCGAGGCCCAGGAGUCAGUGCAGAAUGACCAUGCCCCCUCUGCAGAGGGGGCCAGAGGGUACCUGAGCCUGUCAACCUUAGAAUCAAAUCAGGCCAUGGAAGGGCUGGGACUCACGGUCUUGCUGGGAACAGAUGCCACAUUCACCACCCCAAGAGGGAGGCAGCCAGACGCCAGGGUCCCUCUGGGGACCUCAAGUCCAGGGCCUGCUGGAUGGCACAGGGUGGGCCCGGCAGUUCUCCAGACAACAUUUCCCAAGGGCCUCCUGGCUUCCACCUCUGAGAAGCCUUCAGCCCCUUCUGAAGGAGGUGCCAACAGAACCCUGCAGCCAGAGUCAGCACCUUUUGGGCCCGAGGGCCAGCAUGACCUGGGGACUGCACACACAACCAGUCCCCUGCCUUCACACACCCAAAGCCCUCUGGUUCCUACAGAAACCAUAUUGCCCUGCUUCCGUGAGCCUGAGAAACCCCUCCCUGAUGGCUGGGAGUUAAUGGCGUCCAGGUUGGCCCCCACCCCUGAGAGCCACCAGCCUCCUGAGCUUUAGUGCAUGUGGAGGGGCACUUUGAGAGGCUCCCUUGCUGAGCUUUUCUGGAGACUUCAGGGGCGAGUCAUAGUGUCCAGGGAGGGGAGGCACAGAGGAAAGGAACACACCACACAGUGUUCCUACU